CACACUAGAGCAGACGCGCAGAGCACGCGGGCCGAGGGGACUCUACUGCGCUCGUGCCGGCCUCAGUUCAUUUCCCGCGUUACAAAUAUUAUUACUUAUAUUCUACUAUUAGUCACUGAGGUAAGUACAGGCUCCUCCUCUACUGCUGAUGCGAUUUCAUCGCAAACGGAUGAGGCUCGCUGGGAUUUUGUUAUCGUUAAGACCAGCAAGACGUAGAACGUUAGACGUUUUCGAGUACGUACAUUAUUUCCUGUAAAAUCCUUCACAUUAAAGCUCAAAUACCGAAAUUAUCCGAUCGUUCUUUUUGUCAAAUUACCAUAUUUUUACGCAUUUUACCUGAGCACGAUGUUGUUAUUUAAUCCUGAUUUAGUUGAAACUAUACUACUACUACUACAAUAACUAUAAGCAAACCACAUACAGAACAUUUCUUUAUAGAUUAUUGUGAUAUUUUUUAUUAACCUAGUUAAAUGUCUAAUAAUGCAAUGUGCAAUGCAAGUGAACGGUUUUAGCAGUUAAGCUCACGUAGUUUAAACACGAUUGUGUCACAGCAUCGGACAGCUCAAGUUAAACAACACUGAUAUACAGUACAGUACUGCUGGCGUUAAUGUUGUGCUUUUAUUUUGAAGUUCUGGUAAAAGGUUUAUUAACGAUGAUUUGAUUGAUGGUAGAUAUUUUCCAGUUCUAGCCAAAAUAUAAUAAUAACAAAGUGAAUAUGUAUUCAGAAUAAAUUUUAACAAACUUUAAAAAAAUAUUUUAUUGUCUGAAACAAAUUGAUCUUGGUUGAAUGUGAUUUCAUUUGAACUACAUGUCAUGCAGCCUAUAUUUACAACUGUUGUGCCCAAAGUGCAGCAGUUCAUGCAAUAUCCGGGAGAGUUUAGUUGCAGCUGGGUCAGUGUCAGGAGCUAUUUAUGAGGAGAUGACGUUCAUGCUGCUAAAAAUAAACAUACACAUUCACUGGUCCCUUUGAAAUGUCACUGCUAACACCUACUCCAGACAGGGAAAACAAACACUAGCUGUCAUAUUAAAACAAGUAGAAGUCAUCCAGGACCUUGUUCUAUUUUUAUACAGUUUUUGUUGUAGCUCUUUCUCUCAGUACUCCUGUCAUCUACAUUCAUCCUCAGCUGUGCUUGAACCCAUCAGGCUCCAGUCGGACAUGUCCUCAUCAUAUGCUGCAGCUAUAUCAGCACUUAUCACAGCUAACUCCUCUAAUCCACCCGUCAAAUCCAGCCCACGUCCUUCUUGGGCGAGGAGCCCUCAGUCCUGCAGCCGCCCCACAAAACCUGCUGUCUGCCCCCCCGCUGUGCAGAAACCCCCUCGCUGCUCGGAGCCUCUGGGCGCUUAUGAAGAGCAGCAGGAGAAUCCUGCAGACUAUGGCGUUGGUGGUUAUUAUCCUGUAGAGAUUGGAGAGGUUUUUGUGGACCGUUACCAAGUUGUUAAAAAGCUGGGAUGGGGUCACUUCUCUACAGUCUGGCUCUGCUGGGAUAUGGUAAAUAAGCACUUUGUGGCUCUGAAGGUGGUGAAGAGUGCUCAGACGUUCACAGAGACGGCUCUGGAUGAGAUUGACCUUCUGAAAUGUGUACGAGACAGCGACCCCAAGGAUCCAAAACGGGAAACAGUUGUGCAACUCAUCGAUGAUUUCAGGAUCACUGGAGUGAAUGGAGAGCAUGUGUGCAUGGUUCUGGAGGUGCUGGGCCACCAGCUGCUGAGGUGGAUCAUCAAAUCCAACUACACUGGCCUCCCUCUGCCCUGCGUCAGGACCAUCCUCCGUCAGGUCCUGCAGGGGUUAGAUUAUUUGCACACUAAGUGCAAGAUCAUCCACACGGACAUCAAGCCGGAAAACAUCCUCCUGAGAGUGGACGAGAUUUACAUUCAGAACCUGUCCGCCAGCACCAAACUUUGGCAGCUGCCGGCGUCUGCUGCAGAAAAAAGAGGUUCCAGAGAAAAACAGGGUUUGUCCAGCUUGUUGGGGAAGCUCACUGGGGUUUUCCACACUCUUGGGGAGUGGUCCAGCAAGGUCCCUGGGAGCCCAAUAAAGAGGCUGACCAGGAAAGACAAGCACCGGCGUGGACACGGGAACGCACCGGACCGCGCGCAGCGAGACAAAGCUCGCGUCUCGUUCUCUGACGACGCCCCUCCCCCCGUCAAUCAUAAUUCCACGCUGCACUCUAAGCUCUCAGGACCCGACCUCGCCUUGAGGAGACAGACCCUGCUGUUUGACGACAAGCUGGACUCAGAACCGUACAGCCACAGACGCUCCAUCUGCUCGUGGCACGACCUUAACGCGGCCGGACCUGUCUCGGGUUCUGCAUCAGCGCUAUUACAACACGCUGCGGAGAGAAAUAAGCGACCGCUCUCAACAUCCUGCCCCAGCGGUGACAGUGACUUGGAUGUACUUCUUGAUUUACUGAAGCCCCAGAACGCUGAUAAAAUCUUCAUUAAAAUUGCUGACCUCGGCAAUGCCUGCUGGGUGCACAAACACUUCACUGAAGACAUCCAGACGUGUCAGUACCGCUCCGCGGAGGUCCUGGUCGGCGCUGACUACGGCACCCCAGCCGACAUCUGGAGCACGGCCUGCAUGGCGUUUGAACUGGCCACAGGGGACUAUCUGUUCGACCCUCACUCAGGAACCACAUAUACGCGAGAGGAGGAUCACAUCGCCCACAUCAUUGAGCUGCUGGGACCCUUCCCAACUCAGUUCGCUCUUUCUGGGAGGAACUCCAAACGAUAUUUCAACCGGAAAGGUCAACUGCGUCACAUUUCCAAGCUCAAACCAUGGAGUUUAUUAGAAGUCCUGCUGGACAAGUACGAGUGGCCACAGAAGGAGGCGGCCCAGUUCAGCUCCUUCCUCCUGACCAUGCUGGAACUGCUGCCGGAGAAAAGAGCCACGGCCACCGAGUGUCUGCAGCACCCCUGGAUCUCCUCCUAGUGUCGCUCGGGGCUCGGUGGACGAGCGCUUUGUGGAGAGUGAGACCCGGGACGCGGCCGGGUUUGGGUUGUUUGGUGCUGGCAUCACGAGCACGGCUUUCACGAAGAUUUAGUAGCGGGACUCUUUGCCUUACUUGGUCACAUUUUAAUGGUAGCCACAUAGAACUCAGGCACAACAAUCACCAAAGGGAAGCUUCAUAUUGAACUUGACAUUCAAUAAAAACAUAUAGAAAUG